UCCAUGUAAAGAUCAAGCAUUCGAGGCCCGUCAUCAACAAAGGAGGAAUGUGAAGUCAAUAGCAAACCGCUGGGAGUUUGUAGAAGGAGGGCUUCUGAGGACACGGUCUUCUUCAGCCUGCGGACGCCUAAUUGCGGUAGGUGCCGGCAAAUGGACGGCACUGGGACGCGCCGAAGGAGCCUUUGAACGGCUCUCAGAGCAUCUGAACACUUGUAAAGUGCUGUCCUUACGCUAAUCAGCAUUUAGCUCCUGGCAGCAGAGUGUGUUCGAGCAAACCGGUGUUCGUUCCCAAACCGUUGUUCUGCGUCACGAGGAGCCACUGGAUAAUAUAUGCCACAGCCUGGGGGCUUGUUUCUAGAGAAGUUUAAAAGGUCCAAUCCACCCACCAGGGAAAUAAAACAGAGCUACAAACAAGCUCCUACACGAGCCCCAUGCAACGAUAAUGUGGGAACCCAGAGCUUCGCGUUUCCCCUUGCUAAUCUCAGAAAUUGGAGGCCUGUGCUUGAUGGUGUUCCAGCUGGCGGACUCCGACCCUAAAUGUGAACUCGAUGAAACGUGUGUCGGUCACCGCGAGGAAAACCGCAGCACCUGGCAUGUCUGGUUCCUGCUGCUGUGUGUCCUGGCCCUGAUCCUGUCCUGCGGGAUCCUCCUCUGCCUGCAGUGCUGGCUCGAGCAGCGGAGCCGGCUGCCUUCCCGGCGCGCUCUGGCCGUGUUUGCCCUCAGUGAUGUCGACACAUUUUGUGCCAGCACAAUGUCUCGGUGCCCCUGGUCUGAAGCUCACGCCCACCCUCCACGUCCAGAGCCGUGCUCUGCUCCCCUGCCACCUUUCCACACCACGGGACCUGGGUCCCCUCCUUCCUAUGAGGAUACCAUGAAGACACAUGAGCACUGAGGCCCAGCUCUGGUGCCUCGAGGAAGCUCCUGGCUUCCAUGCAGGUGUUUCAAACCCAGCCUCUUCCCUGACUCUGCCGUGAGAACAGCAAGGAAGAGACACCAAACUGCAAACUAUAAGGGGCCACAACACACAAAUGGCCCUGGUCUUUCAUACUUGCCCGGAGCAGAUUUUCCUGUGCAAUGCAAACUUGCUCCAGGCUUCCU